UCUUACACUCAUGAAUCAGAGGUCCAUGUCAGCACUCCUGAAACCCAUCAUACCACCACCACACUCCAUCUCACUUCUAUGAGAUUUUCAAACAUCCCCGUCUCACAACCGUCUUGUAUAACUACACCUGCGUAACCUUCCCUAUCGAUCUCGCAACCGUCGUCCCACUGCCCUAAUCCUCGCUAUCCCAUCCACUUUGAGCCGCACAUGCCCGUUAGCACCACUGCUUCGGUAAGCGCUGCACGUCGUACCAAUACUUCUGCUUUCCUCGCAUGUCGCACUGCGGUGUUAACGAGCUGCACGUCGACCAAAUCAGACGGUUCUGAGACUGCCCAACGUGCAAGCUCCCAUAGACUCGAAAAAGACGUGUCGCGAAGCAUACCGCCAUGCGCGCACCCGUUUUAUUUUGCGGGUGGUCCCGCACAUCUGUGUCUCUUGACGAUGGUUUGCAAAGUGCUCGUGGGUCGAUUAAUCUUUUGGGUUGGUCGAGCGGCAUGCCGGAGUGAGACUAUCCGGUACUCACCCCGGUGGCCCUGGACGCAGCAGCGGAGGACUAACCGGAAUGGUAUGCUCGGAGACAGUGACGAGAGACCGACUCACGAUGCACCCGAGAGGGCGAGUAGAGUAAAGAUGUACGGCAGCUCGCUUACGGGAUCUGCUUUAGCGAUGGUGUGGGAGGGUUUGGAAUGUCUCGCUGUUUGAUACUGGAGUGUGCACGGCAGGACGAACGGCAUUGACUUGUCCUCACCUGACUGCAUUCAUAUAGAUGUCGCCACGGCUCCAAACCCUCUGCAGAGCAGAA